AUGCUCGGCCGGCCGGUUAGCCUCGCCGCCUGCGCAGCUCCCCUUACAUCCGCCAACAACGCUCCCGCCAUUGCCGUCCGCUGCGCCGCGAAAGACGGAAAGGCGGCCGCAGAGCCCAAAAGCGCCUCCCACGGCCACCCCGGGCCGCGCGUCGUCAACCGGCGGCUGAUCCUCGGCGGACUAGCGGCGGGCAUGGCGGCGGUCGUGGGCUGCCCCAUUUGUGACUCUAACGGAGGAUCCUCUAUCGGGGCCGCAUUGGCCGCGGAUACGAGCAAGGUCGACAUUUCCGGGCCGAUGGAGUGGGGCGAGCUGUGCUCGCCGGGCGACGCGGCGCAGUCCGCAACCGGCGGUCCGCUGAACGCGGUGUCGAAGCUGACGAAAGACAACAGCCUCGGCAAUAUCUCAUUCGCCUAUAAGAACGCCGACGCGUCGUUCCUCAACACGGGGCACGGCACGAUGCAGGCGAGUCGUUCAGUGCGACCAGUCUCCUCGCUGUUUCCUUUUCAUCUCGCUCGCUUGUCUCCUCCUUUAAACCCGUCACUCCCCUUCACCCCCCCUCACCCCCCCUCUCCCGCCCUCUCUCCCCCGCCAUCUCCCAUUUUCACCCCCUUUUUCCGCUCUCCCGCUUCUCUUCCGCUUCUGCCGCCCGCAGGUGAACUUCCCGGGCGGCAGCAACACAUGCGCGGUGGGCGGGCGGCAGAUGCAGCUGCUACAGUACCACUUCCACGCGCCCAGCGAGCAUUCGUUCAACGGCGUGCGCUGCCCCAUGGAGGCGCACCUCGUGCACCUCACUCAACCUCAUGCCUCCCAUACGUGCCAUCGCCCCUUCUCCCCACCUGUUCCCGUGCAGGCGAUGCUGACGGCAAGCUGGCAGUCAUUGGAGUGAUGAUAGAGGCGGACCCACGGGCGCCGCGCAACCUGUGCCUGGAGGCGGCUCUGGCGUUCGCCCCGGGCGAGAAGAAGAAGCAGAUAGAGGCACCUCAGGAGUGUUUGGAGGUGGCGGUGGUGGGCAGGGGGGGCGCACGCUCUGCCCUGCAGCAGUGCCUGCGCGUGCAGACCAGCCCGCAGCCACUGCUACCCCCUACCGACAGACCUGACGCCUCACACGCGUACAUCCACUACCAGGGCUCCCUGGCCGACCCUGCCUGCUCUGAUGUGGUCGAUUGGUUCGUGCUUGCCGCUCCCCUCAAGGUACCGGACAGCCAGGUGUUGGAGUCCAUGAGCUACGUGGGCGACGGUGCUGCUUGCACUGCACCCUCUAACUCAAUCCCCUCUUCUUUUCCCUUCCUCUUCGCCUCCUCCCCCCUCACAGCGGCCCCGCUCAAGGUACCGGACAACCAGGUGUUGGAGUUCCUGAGCUUCGUGGGGGACCGCCGCACCCUCGCCUUCAACUCCGUGAGUCCUUGCCUGUGCCCUUAG